AUGUGGAAAGUACCGAAACUGUUUAAAGUGACGUGGGCUGAAUUCCUAAAUUUUCCCGUGGUUGUAGUUAUCGACAUGCCGCUCAGUUCGAUUCGAUUGGCGGUUGUAAAGGAGAAGAACCAGAUGAUCUUCGUCAUCCACACGACUCAACCGUCGCGGCUCGUUCAAGAAGCAUUUCAAAACCUCGCUGCGUUGCCUCUCGAUGAAGUGUCGGUGAAGCGCUUUCACACAGAAUAUGAUACUUGGCAUCAGAUCUUCUGCAAGAGCGAAGUCGAACCGAUGAAAGACGCGAGGCUGGAAGGAGGUCAUCUAUUGUAUACGUUGCUUUCCGAUAGUUGGAAGCGGCUCUUUAAAGUGGAGGAAGGAAAGAGCUUUCAAGAAUUUUUCGACCAAAACCUUGUGCCAAUGUACAAGGAAGACGACAAAGACGUGAACAACUUCGAAUUUAUGUUCUAUCGCAGGCAUUCGUCCGAGACGGCAAACGUUUUACCUUCAUAUGAUGAUCGUCUCCGAUACGAUGAGAUCGCGAAGAUUACCCAAGAAGUCGACGAUUUGGACGAAGGCUGCGAGCAAGAAGCAGCAAUGUAUAAGGAAAGGAAGCAUCCAUUGACGCUCGAGCUGUUACGUGAACUCCAAAACAAGCGUUCGAUCACGCGGGGCUCUUGGAUGAUUUAUUUGAAUGCCCAACUUGUCAUGCACCAAUUCUUAAAACCAGCCCAAAUUAGUGAGUUGCAACAAGAUUACGUCACUUGGAAGGCGUGUCGAGACGAUUGGAUGAAAAUACCCGAUGAGUUUCAAGGGUGUAAGGAGAAAUGCCUAGAGUUACUGAUUGCCGCAAAAGCCUCCGUCAUUGAAUCUUUCUUCAACGGUGAACUCUCGCAAAUGCCAUUCGUGGAUCAAAUCGCAAUUAGGAGAUUUGAGAACCGUGCUUUCAUGGUGCGGGUGUUUAACAAGACCACGAAGUGUUUCAACACGGAACCACCAAAGCACACGCAGGCCACACAAGAUUUUGGACGAAUGCUGACUUUUUUGAAGGAAUUAGACGCCGAGCCAUUUAAGGUUGCUCAUGUGUUGACAAAAGUUUUCGGUGAUGAUUAUCAAUAUCUUCAAAUUAAAUACAAGCCACAUCUAUAUACUUUGCUUCAAAUUUACGACUGGGAGCCAAGGGCUGUCUGGACGAGCGUGGUUUAUCGAAUUCUCUUAUCUAAUUACAAUUUCACAAUU